AUGAGGCCCAAGGCUGCAGACAUGCAAUGCAAGGACUGCGUCAAGGUGGCCGUCCGUGUGCGGCCCUUCAAUAAGAGAGAGAGGGACGCGGGCAGCCGCUGCAUCAUCUCCAUGGCGACCAACGUCAUCACCAUCCAGGACCCGCGGAACGCCGCGACGCGACGCUCCUUCAGCUCCGACUACGCCUACUGGUCGCACAGCGGGUUCACGCGCGACCGCACCGGCCUGUUCCUGCCAGAGGAGGAGGGGGGGCGCUACGCUGGCCAGGCCAGCGUUUUCCAGGAUCUGGGAGAGGGGAUACUGCAGAACGCCCUGCAGGGGUACAACGCCACCCUGUUGGCCUACGGGCAAACGGGCUCGGGGAAAAGUUACUCCAUGGUGGGCUACGGUCCCAACAAAGGCCUGGUGCCCACGCUGUGUGACCGCCUGUUCCAGGCCAUCAAGGGCAACCAGGACAGGCAGUGCCAGGUGUUCUUCAGUAUGUUGGAGAUCUAUAAUGAACAGGUGGUGGACCUGCUGUCCCGGGGGUCUCGGGCUCAGGGGGGGCUGAGGGUCCGGGAGGAGCAGCACCGGGGCUUCUACGUGGAGGGUCUCCGCACCGUGCCCUGUGACGGGGCCCAGCAGAUCGCCACUCUGAGUCCGGCUGAUAUCUGCUACGAGGAGUCUCUGUCCACUCUGCGCUACGCUGAGCGGGCCAAGCGGAUCCAGAAUCGGGCGGUGGUGAACGAGAGCCCCACGGAGCGGCUGGUGAAGGAGCUGAAGGCGGAGAACGCCCGGCUCACACACCGGCUCAGCAGGCUGGGCCAGGAGGGUCGCCGCGCCGACGAGGAGACCAAGGAGAUCCGUGAGCUCCUCACUCACAACGAGCUCCAGAUCAGGGCGAUCCAGACGCUGUGGGAGCAGCACCUGCAGGAGGCGCUGAAGGACUGGGAGCUGCAGUACGCCAGCAUCACACAGGAGCGGAGGAUGAUGCAGAUGCACCCCUACAUCCUGAACAUCAACGAGGACGCCCAGCUGUCCGGGGUGGUGAAGCUCUUCAUCCCCGAGGGGGAGUGGGACAUCGGGCUGGCUGAGUCCUCACCUCGGUCCAUCCUGAUCAAAGGCCUGGGGAUCCAGGAGCGCCAUGCUGCAUUUAAGAAUGAACAACGGCAGGUUUCAUUGACCCCACUAUCAGGGUCAAAGGCCAUCGUCAACGGCAACCUCGUCUCCCAGACAACCGAGCUGCAGCACCUGGAUAGGCUGAUCCUGGGGUCCAACUCCACCUACCUGUUCAUUGGCUACCCGUCGGAGAGGGGCAGCGAUGACUGGAGUCGCUAUGACUACGACUACUUCCACUCCGAGCUGGCGGCGGCCGAGGGCAUCAACCUGGGAGAGAGCUCUGUGGGCUCCAGCCAGACGGACCCCAGCCUGCUGGCCGUGUUCUACGACUACAUCAAGCUGAUGCCCAUGGUGGCCGAGGCCAACCAGAUGAGCCAGGAGCUCAACAAGGGCGUGGUCUUCAAGGUGGAGAUCAAGAACCUGGCUCUGUCCGACGCCAAAGGUCACGACCUGGAGAAAGAGAUCGUGGUCAGGGUCACCUCUCUGGAGAGCAAGCAGGUGUGGGUGUGGUCCAAGGCGAAGUUUGUGAACCGUAAGUUCCUCAUGGAGGAGAUUUACCAGCAACAUCAGGUGAGGACGAGCCAAGACCCGGCCGUGCCCAGAGAUAAGGACCCCUUCUGGGAUCCGCUGGAGCCGCUGCUGCUGGGCAGCGCUCACCUCUGGCUGCAGUCGCUGGCCUUCCGCAUCCCCCUGGAGGAGCAGCUGGAGGUUCUAGGUUCAGAGGGCACAGAAGAGGCCAUUCUACAGACCCAGCUAAUGCCAUGCACCUCGACCGGGCUGCCGCUGGGGGAGGAGGACAUCCUGAUCGACCCGUCGGAGCUCCUGGGCCGGCGGCUGGACUUCCAGCUGAUCCUGGAGCAGCUGUGCGGCCUCCGCUGGAUCCAGGGCUGCCGCGACCGCGGGGUGCAGAUGGGGCUCCGGUUCUUUGAGUGCGGGGGACCGCUCUACACGCCGGCCGUCUGGCACAACGUGAACCCGCUGCUGGACCACCGGCUCCACUUCUGCUGCCCCCGCAGCUCCCAGCGCCUGCUGGACCACCUGCAGAGCAGCGCCCUGGUGCUGGAGCUCUGGGGGCUGCAGGAGGGCUGCACUGAGCUCACCACCUCCCUGGACGGAGUGACGAUGACCUCGGAGGGGAUCUUCAUCAUCGACGGCUCUGCAGCAGCGCACUCAGCCACGCCCACGUCCCCGGCAGAACUCAGCUCCUCUCUGAGAACGCUGCAGGAGGAGCUGGAGGCGUUGAGGUGCAGCAACUCCUCCCUGAAGAAGGAGAACCACUCUCUGAGAGAACAGCUCCUCACAGCCAAGACCGGCUCUGAGGGGGUCCGUGGGCGGUCCCAGCGGCCCAGCUGUGACGCCGAGUUCGCUCGCGCUCUGAAGGUCUUCUACCACAACAUGACCUCCGUCAGAGGUCAGCUGCAGCGCCUCCGCCGCCACCGAGCCAGCGAGGAGUCGGAGCAGCUGGGUCUGCGUCUCUUCGUGGACGAGCAGGGCCGCCUGCUGAAGGACUUCUCGGAGCAGCUGGAGCUCUGCGUCUCCUCGCUCAAACAGGACGUGGCCGCCAUCGUCCGCAGGAAGCGCGAGCGGUCGGGGAUCUGGUCCUGAUGGCCUCUGCCUCUCCCGAUCUUCAGUCAUGGGAUGUCCAGCGGACGAUGGAGAGAAUGAUACACAACCUAGCUUGUGUUAAUAAUGCAGCUUUCACAUCUCUUCAAAACCCCAGUUAUGGAUCAGUCCACUUGAACCUGAAUAAAUAAAUUGCGAAACAAAACCGAAUUAUGAUUGAACAAACUUUAGUGCAACAAACAAUUCUGAUACUAAAACACCGCAUCAGAUGGAUAAUUCAUGUUUUUUUUUCAAGACGACCGAUAAAAAACAACAGCGUUACCCCUUAUGUUUUUUUUUCAUGACGACCGAUAAAAACGACAG